AUGGCAAAAGACGAGGACACCCGGAGAGGGGAAAGGAGCAGCAAAGACAAAGAAGAAGACCUUUAUCUGGGCUGUCUAACCAAACGACUCCUGAUCCUGCUCGCUGUGGUUGUUGGAGCUGUCAUUCUUAUUGCUAUCAUCACUGUCAGUGUUGUGCUGACCACAAAGAAAGCUCGUCUUCCCUCAUUUCCACCUGGAGGAGACAUGCUGGACUUCCUGGUUCAGGAAGGUGAAAUCAAUGAACCUGACGGCCUGUUUGCUACCUGGUAUCACAGAGCCAACAACAAGGAGGAGAUGAACAAAGCUCUCGCAAGUGAUGUCAUGAUCCUGGAGGCUGAUGUCACUGUGAUGGGCUACGGGACCCCCGAUGUGCAGCCCGUCCCCAUCAUGGCUCACCCUCCUGACGUCUACAGUGACAAUACUCUUGACGAGUGGUUGGAUGCUGUGCUGGCCUCCAGAAAAGCCAUGAAGUUGGACUUUAAGGCUCUGGAAUCAGUGGGUUUGUCACUGGACCUGCUCAAUCAAAAGAACAGCAGCGGAAGAUUAAACAGGCCUGUUUGGCUUAAUGCAGACAUCCUCCUCGGUCCCAACACACCGAGCUUCAUUCCUCCAGUCAAUGGAACCAUGUUUCUCCAGUUGGUUCAGGAGAAGUUUCCGGAUGCAACUUUGUCUCCAGGAUGGAAGGUGACCUAUGCUCCUCCACUUUUUGUUGCAACCUACACCCGGGCCAUGGUGGAAGACAUGUAUAAUUUGGUUAAAGACUGCCCCCAAGACGUGACGUUUCCAGUCCAUGCUAUGUUGGUUCGCAGCGGCUGGCAGCAUCUGAGCUGGCUCCUCAGCCAAUCACCACGGUUCAGCUUGACUUUGUGGCAAGGUUCGAUCCAUCCAAACGUCAGCGACUUGCUGUUUGUCCGCGACAACUCCAACCCCGCCAGAGUUUACUAUGACAUAUAUGAACCCACGCUGUCGGAAUUUAAGGAGGCUGCAACGAGGCAGAGCCAGUGGAGGAAGUUCUAUCCUGGAGGAGAUUUGAUGGAUUUCCUUCAUCCAACUCACAACUCGGACAACAAGUUGACGCCAGAGGUCAGACGGCGCAGCAGCCUGGCUGUGCGCUGGUUUACAGUCACUGAUCAGGCCUCCCUGCUGGAUCAGCUCUCAGGUGGGGACAGUGGGAUGUUGGUCAUUCGUGUGGCUUCUGACAGCAGCCGACCUGGAGUUCCUGUGGUGGAAGGUUCUGGAGGCAGCUCGGAGCCGCUAACGCUGCAGGACGUCCUUCAGCUGCUGGGGCAGAAUGAUGAUGCCCCCUGGGGCAUCUACCUGCAGAUCCGCACUCAUCAGCUUCUGGAAGCUUCUCUCCACCUGCUGCAGUCGUCCUACAGCGCUGAGGAGCUCUACAGGCCUGUGUGGAUCAGCAUGGAGGGUUUACAGAGCAGCGACCACACAGCGGACUUCGUAUCCACAGUAGAAAGGUUGUUUCCUUACGUCACCUUCGUCAUGGCUGAGCAGAAAUGGCCUCUUGUGAUCCCAGCAGCAGUGGCAGGUUUGUCUCAGAGGGUGGCACUACACCUGAACUCAGCGUCGCUGCCCACAGGACAGGAGGAGCUGCACUCUCUAAUGGAAAUGAUGGACAGAUAUGACUUUAUACUGGAGGCGGACACAAAGACCAACACUGAUGCUCUCACAGUCCUGAUAAGAUUAAUGACCCAACGUACACGAAGAGCAAACCUGUAUGUGAUAUCUGACCAAUGA